AUGGUCUUGACAAACGGGUACUCUCUGGAGGAACACUUUUUGGAAACAGAAGACGGCUAUAUCCUCCGCUUAUUCCGAAUAGGAUCCGAAAUCCAGCUGCCCGGCGAUCCCCCCGGCGGCGGCAAGCCGGUAGUAUUCCUUCACCAUCCCUUAAUGGGCAGUUCAAUUGACUUCGUGGCGAUGGGUCCGAACCGCAGCUUGGCAUUUAUACUUGCAGACGCAGGCAACAGUUACGAUGUCUGGCUCGCUAACGUCCGCGGCAACCGCUUCUCUCGCAACCAUUCCCGGCUGGAUCCCGAUGCGCCGUCCGACGUGGCGUCAUUCUGGUCUUUCAGUUGGGACGAGCAUGCAUCCUUGGACCUGCCUGCCUCGCUGGACUUGGUUGCGCAAGUGACGGGCCAGGACACCGACAUGCUGUUCGUGGGAUAUUCCCAGGCAAGAUGA